AGCACUGACAAAACCCCACUAAACCCAGAAAGCGUCCAUACAGUUCGCAAAUGGAGAUGGAGAUCGAUCCACCGACGGCCGAACUCCAAAUCAAAGACGAAGACUUGUUCAGAGCCGCCGAAUCAGGCGAGGCUUCGCUCUUCAAAUCUCUCUCUCAAGAUCAUCUCCUCAAAGUCCUCUCUCUACGAAACGAAGACGACCGAUCCCUCCUUCACGUCGCCGUCUCCUUUGGCCAAGCCCAGGUGGUGGAGAUACUAUCAGCUGCUGAUCCAUCGGUUAGCGGUGUAAACAGUACUGAUGAGGAAGGCUGGUCACCGCUACACUCUGCGUCUAGCAGUGGGAAUCUGGAAAUUGUGGAGAUUUUGGUUGGAAGAGGAGCUGAUGUUAAUUUGAAGAAUGAUGGUGGUCGUACUGCUCUUCACUAUGCUGCUAGCAAGGGUUGGCUGAAAAUAGCUGAAAUUUUGCUUUCACAUGGUGCAAAAGUCAAUUUGAAGGACAAGGUUGGAUGCACCCCAUUGCAUCGUGCAGCAAGCACAGGGUACUCAGAGGUGUGUGAACUCUUAAUUGAGGAAGGAGCAGAGGUUGAUGAUGUUGAUAAAGCAGGUCAAACUCCUCUUAUGAGUGCAGUGAUAUGCGAUAAUAAAGAGGUAAAUGUUGCCGGAUUUUCAAAGGUCGAUGCCUUUAAGCCUUGUGCAGGAUAUGUUUAUGUGUAUUUAUGCUUCCAUCAAGGUAUACUAAACUCAUCCUACUUUGUCUUUUGCAUGUAUUUUUUAUACUUCUGUAGUUGGUCUAUAAUUCCUUGAGUUUCUUUUUUCAACUGUUAUGUUUUCUGGAGUUGAGUUAAGUUGUAUUGUACUACCUCUACCUUCAUUACCUUUGUUUAGUACUUACCUUGCUUCCAUUUUGAGGGUGCAUUUAGACGAAGGAUUCUGGAUGGGAUAUGGAAGUUCCAUGUUUUUUGCUUGAAAAUUUCUUAUUAUUGACUAGUGUUGGAUAUGCGCUAUAUUCUUGAACAUGUUAUUAACACCUUUUUGUAGGUUUUUUUUUUUUUUUCCAGUCUUGUAUUUGUAAGCACUUUCUACCCAAGCUCCAUUAAGGGUAAACACGGUAAGCCUUUUUUCAGGCAUUGAAAAUUUCUUCUCUCUUGAAGAUGGUUCAGCCUUGUAACUUGAGUAUACAAAUACCGAAAAGACUAUAUAAAUACCUUGACCAAUCUGAGGAAUUUCCAUGCAUCUGUAUUCUGUACUAUUGUAAUUCAUUAAGUUUGGGAAUCGAGAUACACUGCACGUGUGUAAUUAGUUAAUGUACUUCUACAGCAGCGCAGCAUUGCAAUACAUCAGAGCCAUUUAGGACAUGUGUGCCAGCAAGAGCUCUCAAAAUUUUGGAGGGUUGCUCUCCUCCUCAUAAGACAUGGAGCAAAUGUGGAUGCAGAAGACAAGGAAGGGUACACUGUGCUUGGUCGAGCUUCUGCUGAUCUUAGACCAAUAUUAGUCGAUGCUGCACAGGCCAUGCUUGAAGGAUGAACUUGAUGGAAGGGCUACUGAAUUUAUAGAGGAAAAACUCUGGUCAUGGAAUCCUACUGGUCUUCUUUUUCUUUUCAAUGUGCAAUUUGUCUGAUUUUCGACAAGUCUAUUUGACCAAUGAAAGGAGUAGUAUUCUCUUUUAUUCCAAUCGUGCAUGGUCGAGACUUAAAAUUUGUGUUUCUUUAUACGCAGAAUUUAUCUCAUAGCAGCCUAUGUAGAACCUUUAAUUGGUUACCCACCUUGACACAGGUAAAAAAGUUGUUAGUUAUCUGCCAUGUAUGCAUGGUAGCAUCACUUUGGUUU